AUGCCUACACCUCUUGGCAAAGCGGUAGAGUUUACUAUGUUUGUUGAUGCAUCUCAUGCUGCUAACGUUGUUACUCGUCAAUCAAGAACAGGAGUAUUGAUCUUUGUUAACAAAGCUCCUAUUAUCUGGUAUUCAAAAAAGCAAAACAGUGUCGAGACAAGCAGUUUUGGUUCUGAAUUUGCUGCUCUAAAGACAGGUGUUGAAUUACUUGAGGGACUACAAUUCAAGCUCAGAAUGAUGGGCGUCCCAAUCCAAGGUUAUUGUCAUACUUGUUUUGACAAUAUGUCCGUUGUCAAGAACUCAAGUGUUCCUGAAUGUCAAUUGAAAAAGAAAUCGAAUGCUGUCGCAUAUCACUAUGUUCGCUCCAGAUGCGCAAUUGAUAUCGUACGAAUUGAAUGGAUCAUUUCCGCUGAGAACUUGGCCAACGUUUUAACCAAGAUUCAAGCUGGAACCGUUUGUGACCGUCUUAUGGAAAACAUUAUGUGGAAAGCAAAGCGAAAUGGAAGACUUGCUCUUCUGAUUUAA